CAGUUUGACAGUUUGAUUUCCGUGACUUGACGUUAACAAUGUCAUUAGUUCUUGGCUCUCUUUCCGGUUGCCAGGUUUCGCUUGGAAGGUUGUUUUCUGUACCAUCAAAAAUAAUUUUUUGACUCUGGUGUAAACAAAUAGCCAGCCAAGAUGGCCAAGUCCAAGAAUCACACUAAUCACAAUCAGAACCAAAAGGCUCACAAGAACGGUAUCAAGAAGCCCAAGCGCAAGCGUCAUGAAUCGAAGCGUGGUAUGUGCCAGAAGUUCCUGCGUAAUCUUCGCUACUCGAAGAAGGCUAACGUUUCGCACGAGGAAUCCCUGAAGCGUGCCGAAGAACGUAAGGCCAAGUACGCUGGAAAGCCCGCUCCCGUGCAGCUGUAGAAAGUGCGGAGCUUGAACCGUACAAUUUCCAUGGAUGUGCUUAUAAUAUGAGCAGUGUGCUGGUGGACGUGAAAAAAAAAUAAACUACGUGUAAAAGUAUAACAAA